AUGACAGUGCACAGACAUGGGAACCUCUCAGCAGUCCCCUGGCAGGAAUUUGUGCUGGUGAGAUUCAGGGGAGAAAUGGCAGUCCAGACCCUGCUCUUUAUUGUUUUCCUGGCACUAUACAUGGUGACCAUCCUAGGCAACCUCACCAUGAUCAUCAUCAUCACCCUGGAUGCCCGCCUGCACUCCCCCAUGUACUUCUUCCUCAAGAACCUGUCCUUCCUGGACCUCUGCUACUCAUCUGUCAUUGCCCCCAAAGCCCUGGCCAAUUUCUUCUCCUCCUCCAAGGCCAUCACAUUUGUAGGAUGCGCCGCUCAGCUCUGCUUUUUCUCCUUAUCUGCUACCACUGAAGCCUUCCUGCUGGCUGUGAUGGCCUAUGACCGCUUCAUGGCCAUCUGUAGUCCCCUGCAUUACCCUGUGACAAUGUCCUCUAUAAUGUGUGCCCGUCUUGUUCUGGGCUCUUACUGUGGAGGCUGCCUCAACUCUAUCAUACAGACCAGCUUCACUUUUCAACUUCCCUUCUGCAGCUCCAACCGCAUCAACCACUUCUUCUGUGAUGUGCCCCCACUGCUGCAGCUCGCCUGUGCUGACACAGCUCUCAAUAAACUUCUCUUAUUUGGCAUCUGUGGCUUCAUCAUCGUGAGCACUGUAUUAGUGAUCCUGGUGUCCUAUGGCUACAUCACAGUGACCAUCCUCAGGAUGCGCUCAGGAUCGGGGAGAAUGAAGGUCUUCUCCACCUGUGCGUCCCACAUGACAGCCGUGUCCCUGUUUUAUGGGACUGUGUUUGUCAUGUAUGCACAGCCAGGGGCAGUGGAGUCCAUGGAACAGGGCAAGGUGGUCUCCAUCUUCUACACUCAGGUCAUCCCGAUGCUCAACCCCCUCAUCUAUAGCCUGCGGAACAAGGAUGUGAAGGACGCCUUGCGGAGGCUGGGACAGAAACAGGUGGCCCUGUGA